AACGAUUGAUGGUCAAGUUCCGGUGUGAAGAAGGUCUUGAUUACGGUGGUGUAGCAAGAGAGUGGUUGUAUUUAUUGUCCCAUGAGAUGCUUAAUCCCCAAUAUGGAUUAUUUCAAUACUCCAGAGAAGACAAUUAUACUUUACAAAUAAAUCCGGACAGUUCAAUUAAUCCAGAACACCUAUCUUAUUUCCAUUUUGUUGGUCGUAUAAUUGGAAUCGCUAUUUUUCAUGGACACUAUAUUGAUGGAGGAUUUACAACCCCUUUUUAUAAAAUGUUGCUAAACAAACCAAUUACUCUGGAAGAUAUAGAAGGAGUAGAUCCUGAAUUACAUCGUAGUCUCACAUAUAUAUUGGAAAAUAAACUUGAAAAAGAUAUAAUUGAUACUACUUUUGCGGUCGAACAAAGUAGCUUUGGUGUAUUAAAAUUGCAUGAGCUCAAAACUGGUGGACAAAAUAUUCAGCUCACGGAAGAUAAUAAAAAAGAAUAUGUCAAAUUAUAUGUGACGUACAGAUUUAUGAGAGGAAUUGAACAACAGUUUUUGGCAUUGCAAAAAGGCUUAACUGAAGUAGUUCCUGGAACAUUGCUAAAGCCUUUUGACGAACGUGAGAUUGAAUUAAUUAUCAGUGGUAUUGGCACCAUUGAUAUUGAAGAUUGGAAGCAUAAUACGAGGCUCAAACAUUGUGCAUCAGAUAUGCCUGUGGUGAAAUGGUUUUGGGAAAUAAUUGAACAAAACUAUAGUCAAGAAAUGCGUCUCAGCUGUUACAAUUUGUUACUGGAAGUUCUAGAGUUCCUCUUCAAGGUUUUAAAGCACUUCAAGGGUCAACUGGAGCAGCUGGGCCUCGUUUGUUUACCAUACACUUGACUGAUGUACCUACUGAUAAUCUCCC